UGUCUAAGGGACUUAUUUUGCCCUUUCCGAAUCAGGCAUGCUACGUUGCACUGUGGACUUUUCCACGUCAGUAAAUUUACUUCUGCAGCACGCUAAUCAGUGUAAGAUUAUUUACAACCCAUAGUAAUACAUAGACAUUUUGGAAUGACGUGAAAUUGUUUAAAUGGCAAUGCUUUAUUAACUGAGAAUAUUUAUUCUCAUUUCUUUUAUACGCGUUGUGAUAAAAACCUUUGCAUUCAGUCCUUACCAGUUUGUAAGCUUGCUAGCUAGUUAACCUAGCUAGCUAGCUAGCCAAAUCAGUAGAACAGGUAUUGAACGCCAUUUUGGUUUCGCAGCUGUACAGUUUCGCUAUGGUGGACAAAAACAUAUACAUUGUUCAAGGGGAAAUAUCAACAGUUGUUGGUGCUAUUAAGAGAAACUCCAGAUGGAGUACCCAUACACCACUGGAUGAAGAACAGGAUCCACUUCUCAACAGCUUCAGUUACUUGAAAGAGAAACUCAAUAAUAUCAAAGACCUUUCUGAUGUGGAGCCCAAUGUCUUCCUCCGACCCUUCUUGGAGGUGGUCCGAUCUGAGGAUACAACUGGACCAAUCACAGGCCUUGCCCUCACCUCUGUCAACAAGUUUCUGUCUUAUGGCCUCAUAGAUGCCAAUCAUGAAGGAGCAGCAGAGGGGAUCGAGAACAUGGCUGAUGCCGUUACGCAUGCCAGAUUUGUUGGGACAGACCCUGCUAGUGAUGAAGUGGUACUUAUGAAAAUCCUUCAGGUUCUAAGGACUUUGCUGCUCACGCCAGUGGGAGCCCAUCUGACGAAUGAGUCGGUGUGUGAGAUAAUGCAGUCCUGCUUCCGCAUCUGCUUUGAGACGAGACUGAGUGAGCUGCUGAGGAAAUCAGCUGAACACACUCUGGUGGACAUGGUGCAGCUACUCUUCUCCAGGUUGCCACAGUUUAAAGAAGAGGCUAAAGGAAUUGUGGGCACCAACAUGAAGAAGAUCCCAGGCUGUAUCCUGGACACACAGGAUCUUAUUAAUGCAGAACAGCCUAGAAACACCAAUCAGAGGGGUUUAGAGAGGGCUUACAAUAUCUUAUGGAAAAACAAACGAGUCCAGCUGAAGAUGCGUGCUGGUGGAAUGAGUGAGUCGUCCAAGUGGAAGAAGCAGAAGCGAUCUCCACGGCCCUCUCACCACAUGGUGCGUAGCCCCUCAGGACAGAUGGACCAGGCCCAGAUCGCCACACUGAGCAACAACCUCUCAGGUGGAGUUCCCUUCAUUGACCAGCAAGGUGGCAGCUCUGCUGUUCUGCCAGGGUCAGACAGCGUGGCAUCCUCCAUCUCUAGCCCUACCACAGACAGCGGCCUGUACAUCUGGUCAAAGACCACCUCUAAAGAAGACCUCACAGACCUGGAGCAGAGUAGCUCGGCAGCCACCACUCCUGGCAGUGGACCCACCAUUGAGCCAGGCCAGCUGGAUCCACAGUGUGAGGUGGAGCAUGCUCAGACUGCCUCUGUGGAGUCCAUUCCCGAAGUGCUUGAGGACAGAGACUUGCUAGUGGAGCAAUCUGACUCUGUGUCCAUGCAUGACAUGGACUACGUUAAUCCCAGAGGAGUGCGCUUCACGCAGUCUACUCAGAAAGACGGUGCAGCUCUGAUCCCGUAUGGGCUACCAUGUCUGAGAGAGCUCUUCCGAUUCCUCAUCUCGCUUACCAACCCUCAUGAUCGCCAUAACUCUGAUGGAAUGAUGCACAUGGGCCUGCAGCUGCUGAACGUAGCACUGGAAUCCACGCACAUUGCUCCCUACCAGUCACUACUGGGCCUGGUCAAAGAUGAACUCUCCAGACAUCUCAUUGAGUUACUAAGUGUGGAGCGAAUGAAUUUGUAUGCUGCCUCCAUGCGAGUCUGCUUCCUGCUCUUUGAGAGCAUGCGUGGACACCUCAAGUUUCAACUUGAAAUGUAUUUAAAGAAGUUGAUGGACAUAAUUACCUCAGAGAACCCAAAGAUGCCCUAUGAGAUGAAGGAAACAGCCCUUGAGGCAAUUGUGCAGCUCUGGAGAAUCCCUGGCUUUGUGACUGAGCUCUACAUUAACUAUGACUGUGACUUUUAUUGUUCACACCUUUUUGAGGACCUUACCAAGCUGCUCUCCAAGGUGAUCUAUCCAAUCCAGAAUGCCUUUCCGGUGUCUGGGCAGCUCUACACAACCCAUCUUCUCUCACUUGAAGCCUUGUUAACUGUAAUUGACAGUACUGAGGCCCACUGUCAGGCUAAAGUGAUGAACAGUGCUGGUGAACAGGACCAGUCAGACUCAAUAAACAUUGAAGGAGAGACCACUGUCAACACUAGCAUAGAUGCUGCAUCAGAGACCAGUAAGACUGUGCCUAGUUCAAAUGGGCAGUCUGCUUUGGAAUCUGAGAUGCCAUCAGUUUGCCCGCCAACCAGUGGGCAUCUUAUGGCAGAAAAAAUGAGAUUAGGUAGACAAGACCAGGAAGAGACCGACUCAGCUGAAAAGAAAAGUCUUAAAAAGCCCCAUCGUUUCUCCAGCUGUCUUCCAGACUCUCAGGAACUGGUAGACAUCAAAAACAAGAAAAAGCUUCUUAUCACAGGCACAGAGCAGUUCAAUCAGAAACCUAAAAAAGGUAUUCAGUUUCUGCAGGAGAAGGGUCUGCUCAGCAGCCCAAUGGACAACAGUGAGGUGGCUCAGUGGCUUCGAGAAAACCCCGGACUGGACAAGAAGAUGAUUGGCGAGUUCAUCAGCGACCGGAAAAAUAUGGAGUUGCUGGACAGUUUUGUGAACACAUUCACCUUCCAAGGGCUGCGCAUAGAUGAGGCGCUGCGUUUGUAUCUGGAGGCUUUCCGCCUUCCUGGCGAAGCGCCAGUCAUACAGCGCCUCUUGGAAACCUUUACUGACAACUGGCAUAAAGUGAAUGGAAACCCCUUCUUGACAAAUGAUGCUGGCUUUGCCUUGGCUUAUGCUGUCAUUUUGUUGAAUACGGACCAGCAUAACCACAACGUUCGCAAGCAGAAUGUCCCUAUGACUAUAGAGCAAUUUAAGAAGAAUCUUAAAGGUGUGAAUGGUGGUAAAGACUUUGACCAGGACAUGCUGGAAGAUAUCUACAAUGCCAUCAAGAACGAGGAGAUUGUCAUGCCUGACGAGCAGAUAGGGCUGGUGAAGGAGAACUACGUGUGGAGUUUGCUGCUGCACCGAGGUGCCACCGCCGAGGGCACCUUCCUCCACGUACUUCCAGGCAGCUAUGACCACGACCUCUUCACCAUGACCUGGGGCCCAACUAUUGCUGCCCUCUCCUACGUGUUCGACAAGAGCUUGGAGGACACCAUCAUUCAAAAAGCCAUCGCAGGCUUCAGGAAGUGUGCCAUGAUAUCAGCACACUAUGGCUUCAGUGAUGUGUUUGAUAAUCUGAUCAUCUCUCUCUGCAAGUUUACUACACUCAGCAGUGAGUCUGUAGAGAACCUACCCACAGUGUUUGGCAGCAACCCGAAGGCUCAGGUAGCAGCGAAGACCGUCUUUAACCUGGCCCAUCGUCAUGGUGAUAUCCUACGAGAAGGCUGGAAGAACAUCAUGGAUGCCAUGUUGCAGCUCUUCAGAGCAGAACUCUUACCCAAACCCAUGGUAGAGGUUGAGGAUUUUGUGGAACCUAAUGGAAAGAUUUCUCUACAGCGUGAAGAGAUGCCAUCAAACAGGGGAGAGUCAGCUGUGUUGAGUUUUGUUAACUGGUUGACACUGAGUGGUGGAGCGGAGCAGUCAGGUCUGCGAGGCCCCUCUACUGAGAACCAGGAGGCAAAACAGGCUGCCCUGUUGUGUAUAAAGCAAUGUGACCCUGAGAAGUUGAUCACAGAGAGCAAAUUCCUGCAGCAGGAGUCUCUGCAAGAGCUCAUGAAGGCGCUAAUUUCAGUCACACCUGAUGAAGAGACCUAUGAUGAAGAAGAUGCUGCUUUCUGUCUGGAGAUGCUGCUUCGGAUCGUUCUGGAGAACAGGGACCGCGUUUCGUGUGUGUGGCAGACUGUAAGGGAUCAUCUGUACCACCUGUGUGUGCACGCUAAUGAGAGCUGCUUCCUAGUGGAGAGAGCUGUGGUGGGACUUCUGAGACUUGCUAUUCGCUUGCUGCGCAGAGAGGACAUCAGCUCGCAGGUGCUACUCUCUUUACGCUUGCUGUUGAUGAUGAAGCCUCAAGUCUUGUCCAGAGUCAGCCGUGAGGUGGCUUAUGGCCUACACGAGCUGCUCAAAACCAAUGCAGCCAACAUCCACUGCACUGACGACUGGUAUACUCUCUUCUCCCUACUCGAGUGCAUUGGGGCUGGGGUGAAGCCUCCAGCUGCUCUUCAGGUCACCAGCACCAACCCAGACAAUGACACGGGUGCCCAGUCUGACAGUGAACUAAGCUCUUACCACCAGAGUGAAGUCAGUCUGGACCGUGGUUAUACCUCUGACUCUGAGGUCUACACUGAACACAGCAAGUCCAGGAUACCCCGGUCUGCUACCGAUGUCGAAGUGGGGUGGCUGGUGGUUGGGAAGGAUGAUUUGGAGGGCAAUAAGCCACCAGUUGCAACAGGCUCCAAGCUUCAAACUCCUCCUCUCAUCAACCAGUACAGUCUAACCCUGGGCCAAGACAUGGGCAUGCAUGACACCAAGUCACUCAUCAAGUGUGUGGAGUCUCUGUCUUUCAUUGUCCGCGAUGCUGCACACGUCACGCCCGAGAACUUUGAGCUCUGUGUUAAAGCCAUCCGUGUGUUUGUGGAGGCCAGUCUUAAUGGAGGCUAUCGAACCCAUGAAAAGAAGAAGAGCCACAAAUAUGACUCCAAAUCUGGUCGGCUACGGAAGAAGCCCAGAGAGAAAGAGGGAAUGUCCCGCCGAACUAAACCCACCAGUCAGCGGCCAGCCCGUUCCCAUAGUGAUGAUGAGGAGGAUGAGGGUGUGCCAGCCAGCUACCACACGGUGUCUUUACAGUUGUUAGAUCUGAUGCACACAUUGCACACAAGGGCAGCCAGUAUCUACAGCUCCUGGGCAGAAGAGCAGCGCCAUCUGGAGGCUGGAGGAAGGAAGAUCGAGGCUGAUUCUCAGACGUUGUGGUCCAGCUGCUGGUGUCCUUUGCUCCAAGGUAUGGCCUGGCUGUGCUGUGAUGCUCGAAGACAAGUCCGUAUGCAGGCUCUCACCUACCUCCAGAGGGCGCUACUUGUACAUGACCUGCAAACACUGGAUGCUGUGGAGUGGGAAUCCUGUUUCAACAAGGUCCUUUUUCCACUGCUGACUAAGCUCUUGGACAACAUUAGCCCAGCAGAUGUUGGUGGCAUGGAGGAGACCAGGAUGAGGGCCUGCACACUGCUCUCUAAGGUAUUUCUCCAGCAUCUCUCACCCCUGCUGUCUUUGCCUACAUUCGCUGCUCUCUGGCUCACCAUCCUAGACUUCAUGGACAAGUACAUGCAUGCUGGUUCCAGUGACCUCCUGUUGGAGGCGAUUCCUGAGUCUCUGAAGAACAUGCUGCUGGUGAUGGACACAGCUGGGAUCUUCCACAGUGCAGACUCCCAUACAGGCUACUCAGACCUGUGGGAGAUAACCUGGGAGAGGAUCGAUUGCUUUCUGCCCCACCUCAGAGAGGAGCUCUUCAAACAGGCAGUCAUGCCAGAACCUGUCAGCAGUAUUCCUGUAGAGCCUGCUCCACAUCCUGCUACAGUUUCUCCUGCUGUCCUCCAUGUGCCAGCCACUGCACCAGUGCCAGCUGUUCCUGCAGAGCUAAAGACCCCCAGCAGACCUUCAUCACCCCAAGACAUAUCAAUACCCAGUGCCAAUGGUACCGAUAGAUCAUCUCCAGUGCCCCUUCCCUCACCUGUUCUCACUCCAGUGAAAAGCCCCUCUGAGUCAUCAUCCCAUCUCAACCAGUCGCCUCUAAUUCUUCAGCCCCUAGCUUCUCCACUUCAGGUGGGCGUGCCCCCCAUGUCCCUACCAAUUAUUUUAAAUCCGGCCCUCAUAGAGGCCACAUCACCUGUACCCCUGCUUUCAGCACCUCGUCCAACUGAACCUGCUGAUACUUCAGAGGUUAAAUAAAAAAUACAAGUCUGCCAUUGGGCAUCUGUAGGAAGACAGUGGAGGACUGGAGACUUCACUUUCAUCACACCACUCCACUCUGCAUUAACAUUUUUCUGUCUGCCUGAGACCUGAACAAACUGAUGAUAAACUAUGUAAGGAGAGACAGGACUUGGCAUGCUCUUCAUUUUUCACAUAAAACACAUCAAGUGGUAUAUUAGACCCAGUACUGUUGAACCUACUGUCUUUCAUUUAAUCCAGUUUGCACAGAUCAUAUUUAUUCAGAGAAAGAAUGCUCCACUGGAAGGUGAAGAACAGAUCUACCAAUGGAAUGAAAUUACAACCAAUUCAGGAUUGUCAAAUUAUUUCUACCCAUUUCUGCAGAUUUCAUAUAUUAAUGCUACAGUGCUUUAAAAUUUACUUGGACAGAAAUCAUAUAGAAUAACUUAUUUGGUUUAGCCUUAUCAUUAUGUGUAUUAAAUAGGACCUUAUGAUGGAAAUCUGUACAUUUCUGGGGUUUAAGGACUACUGUGUCAUGUAAUUGAAUCCAUAGAAAUGGCACUAGCAGUAAUUCCCCAUCAUACCACAUGAGAAUUUAAACUGUACAGUAAGGUUAAGCAAACAAUUUAUAUUUGGCUUAAAUAUUUGGUUUCUAAAGUUUACAUACUUAUAAAGUACUCUACAUAGACCAUGAUCAUGUGACUUCAGAAGUGCUUGCCAAACAUUUAAUUAUUUCGAAAAUGCUUUAAAUGUCUUCAAGAGGUUCUUUUCUGAACUAAUCUAGGGGCAGAAUAGAAGCAAUUCUAUGUGUUUGUGAAAAUAUCAACACCCACAUCUAAAACAUUCCAGACUGGACCAUUAAUUGAGUUUGUCUGAGGUGAUUUAAAAGUCUAGUUGUGCUGCAAGUUGAAAUCUGCAUGUCAGGUUCUAUCAUUUUAAAAUUCCUGAUGAGCUUUAAAGAAAUUGUCAGCUGAGUACAGUAUUAGGGUCAUUGUAUGCAUUCAUCUGUACUUCUCAUGCUGAUGUAAUUUGAUGUUUAAUUGUGGCCAUGAUGAUCUGAAAAGCCACUUUUUGUAGAAUAUUUCUAAAAGAUUCCAGAACAAAAAUUGGUAAAUGGAUAUAACUACUAGAUAAAAGUAAUAAACACACAGUACAGAAUAAAACAGUUUAACUUUCCACAUACAAAAUCAUUUUGACCUUAUGGAAUUUGAUAUUGCGCUAAGUCUUUUCCCAGAGAAAAAGAUGAAUUCUUUGGAUUAUGCUAGAAAUGCACAGGUGGAUUAACUUCACAUUAA